AUGGUGUCACUUAGGUGCUCAGAUCAAGACAUCCAGUCUGAUGGCAGCCACGUUGAGGGCACCCACAAGGGCUGGAACUCAUUGCAGCGUGCCCAACCGAGUGGGAUCGUGAUGCUGUCUGCGCUUGGUCAUGACUUUGUCCUCCGUCAAAACAUUAGGGUUGCUUCCAGUAGGCAUCAAAUGACGCCCUUUGUCAAAUUCACUCACAGCUCCCAUCACAUCCAGCUCUCUAACCACAUAGCAAGACUCUACAACGGACUGCACGAGAAGGACACACAGCUGCUUCCUCUACCAGAACUCCCAGAUGUGGACUCCGGUGAGACCUUUGGACUUGUAGUGUCAGAUAAUACAACUACAUUUGGUGGUUUGCUCGUCAAGGAAGAGACUGCAGACGCCGAACUCACACUCACACAUAACUUUGAAGUUUGCACAGAUAGCUUUACUGGUGGGACUAUAAAUUUUGCGACCGAAGCCAGCCGCAGCAUCAUGAUUGAAGACUGGCAGAUUGAUCUGGUGCUCCUUGACCAACCUGCUACACAGCCGCUGCUGCCACAUGCUACCAAAGUCGUACCUGCCUCUCCAAGCAAACACAAGGUCUCUUGUGAUUGCCCCAGCACUGGCAUCAACAAUGCAAUUACUCAGUCUCAGCACUUAUUCUCCAUUGCUACAGGUAUUGAUCCUCACUCACUGACCUUUCAAAAUUCAGAUGAGUUCUACCUGUUUAUGGAUAUGCGGGCCGAGUUCAAAUGGCUGUCAUGUCAAAUGACUUUGAAGCACUGGGUGCUGCCAAUGGAGGAGUACAACUGUUGUUUCACACAGAAAGCUGGCCGGUCAGUCAUUCAGAAGAACCCACAAGCCCUCCUACAUGUGCUGGGUGACAUCAAGCCCAAACUGAUGAACCACAUCAUCAGAGAUGGAUAUACCUCAAAGAGGAACAAUGAGACAUUUUGGUGCCACCAUUGUUCUGUUGUACCUCUUGUCAAGGAGGAGCGAGGGAAAAAUCCCCGAAAGGCGCAGACAUGCUCAUGCUGCCAAACGAUCAUGUACCCUGGCCCCAAAAACUCGCCACUCAACCACAAGCGGGGCUACUGUGCUGAUGGCAUCAAGCAGGUGUCAAAGAACAGCAGCAAAGAUCUCCCUCCCUUGUCGGAAAUUUCCCACCCUCAUUGCAAUAGCCAGUGA